CCGCUACAAACCUUUCGAUACUCACUCAUCAACCGACCUUCCCAACACCAGAAAGUAAAACAACUACCGCCCAAAUAGUACUUGAACUUCAUAAAGUCCAACUUACAUUACACAAUGAUA